AUGAACAACAGGAACAAGGAUUACGGCAGUAGCCCGGAUAGCAAUGGGAACAGUUCCGGAAUCUUUAAAUGGACCGCAGAUGCCCUCUUUGGUACGAAAAAACAUGCAUCUCAGGAUGAUACCAACAAUAAUCUCAAUUAUGAUAAUAACAAUGCAGGUUCCACUAAACUACAUUCUAGACCUAGCUCUUGGGAUGGCUCGCUUCGGGAUAUGGGACUUAGUUCAUCAUUUUAUAAGAAAUAUGAUCUAUUGUCUCCGGAGAAACCAAAGACAAGGCAUACUGUUGAUGAUGAGAUUUUGUUGAGUCCCAUACAUUUAAAGCAAUCUUUCCCCACAUACGUUAAUGAUAAAGAUCCAACUGAUACUUUUUAUCGCAAAAAUAGAGGGAGAGCAAAUAGAAGGAGUGAUGGUUUACCCAGUUUUAAAUCGCCAACUAAGGACGAUACGUUAUUAUCAAGACUAUUUAAAAAAAACGCAAAAAUAGGGAAUGAGAAUGAUGCUCGAAUUCCUGGAAAGUUCCCAACACCAACACCGUCUAAAGUAAUAUCAUCUUCUAAAGAAAAUGAAACUGAAAAUGCAAAUCAAAGUAUAAGGAAUGAUGAAUAUGUGGAAGAAUACCAAGAAUUAUUGGAUGAAAUUUGUAAAAAUACAGGCGCUCUACAUAUGUUAGAUAAGGAGUUGAGAGAUAAAGAUGAACAUUAUGAAUUGCAACAACAAUCAUUCAAAUCCAAAUAUGAAAACUUAAGAGUAGAUCUCAUAUACCAAUUAAGACAAACUAAAAAAGUUUCAGAUAAAUAUUUUGAACUGUUAUCCAAAUAUCAAAAUUUAAGAAAAUUGGCAUAUAAUUUGGAAACAUCAAGUGACGCAGAGGUAGAAGAUUUACAAUUGACAGUAACAAAUCUACGACAACAAUUGCAGAUGGCACAACAGGAUAGAAGUGAUGCUUUGUUUAGGUAUGAAAGGAUCGAUUCAGCACUCCGAAAUUCUGAAUUGCAACGUAAGAAGGACAAAAUAGCGUACGAAACACGAAUUGAAGAACUAGAGCGUGAAUUAUUUGCCAGAGAUAAUAAUAUCUCCAAUUCUAGAUACCCCAGUUAUAAAGACACAACGCGAUCUACCUCACCAUACCCUUACAUGAAUCACAGGGGAGGAAGGUUUAGUUUAACCUCGGAUGAACUGUCAUCCACGGACACUAAUGAACUAAAAUAUCAAAUAUGA